AUAAUGUUUUCACUACUUUACGGGUUCUGGCAGUACAUGUUUCAAAAGGACGAAUACUACGUUCUGAUUCUUGGUCUUGACAACGCUGGAAAGACGACCUUUCUGGAGCAGGCAAAAGCCAGUUUGAAUCCUAACUACAAGACUCUCAACCUGUCAAAAAUUAGCUGCACCGUGGGACUCAACAUUGGGAAGAUUGUAUCAGAAGGUGUGGUGCUCAAUUUCUGGGACUUGGGUGGACAGAGUGAACUGCAGUGUUUAUGGGAUAAGUAUUACGCAGAGUCACAUGCCAUCAUUUAUGUAGUGGAUUCAUCGGACACGGAAAGAAUACAAGAGUCAAAAGCUGCCUUUGAUAAACUGAUACACAAUGAUGCACUAAAGGAGCUUCCACUGUUGUUUGUAGCAAAUAAGCAAGAUGUACAG